GUGUGGAGGGGUGAACAUGUCUGUCCGUGUCUCGCUAAAAAUGAAGUGUGUUGUAUGAUUAUCAAAAUGAAACGUGAAGUGAAUCAUGGCUAAAAUAAGAGAGGAAAUAGUGGGCAAACGGUUUCUCAGUGUUUCUAGUGGUUCUAAGUUGAAAUUGUCUAAGAUAAACGAAUGGGAUUGGCGCGCUGGAGUAAUUAGGGCUUGUACCCACACGGAUUCCAAGCACCCAGAUCUACAGGUGUACGUGGGCCUGGUGGACCAAGCCGGGAUCUCUGAGCACAAGUACCGGCCCGUGGAGUACCUGGUGGACCGGACACUGGACUACCACGACUACACACAACUCCAGCCCUAUCAGGAUGGCGAGUGCGCGAUCGUGUGCGGCGAGGAGUGCGGGCGUGCGGUGCGGGCGUGGGUGGGCGAGCAGGACGGACAGAGGAUCCUGCUCACCACGCCCUCGGUGCUGGUGGGCUUCAGGGUGCAGGUGUACCGCGCCGAAGGGACGACCCAGUGGUACACGGCGGUCAUCGUGGGCUACAACCACGCGACACGGGAGCUGACGGUGACCGACGACACCGUGCUGGAGGAGCACUCGGAAGACCCGAGCUUAGUGCAGAUACGGCUUAUCGGCGAAGGAGGUCAGUGCCUGGCCCGGGGUCAAAAAAAUCUGAAUCGGGAAAGUCAGCAGCGUCAGAGGAGUCAGCAGCAUGAGGAGAGUGUCAGGAGUGUCAGCAGCGUCAAAAUAGUCAGCAGGGACAGGAAAGUCAACAGAAACAGUAGUGUCAGCAGCGUCAGGAGUGAGUGUCAGCUGCGUCGGAAAUGUCAGCAGCGUCAGAGGAGUCAAGCAGCAUGA